AUGUUUUUAUUUCCCAACUCAAAAUUUCAUCAUUUCCAACACGGAAAAACGUUUCUUUUAUGUACCUAUACGGAAAAAUCAUAUACCGAGUUUGCUCGAAAAUUCACCACAUAUCACAGUAAUGAUGAUGAUAAUGAUGAUAUAUUUCAGUAUCUAGAAAGAAGAUUCGGAAAAAUUGCAAGGCUAGCAGCUUCUCUAUGUUACACCUUGCAAAUGACUCUAUACAUGGGGAUCGUCCUGUAUGCUCCUGCCUUAGCCCUAGAAGCUCUAACUGGUAUAACCAAAGUUUCUGCAAUAUUGUCAGUAGGUAUAGUCUGCACCUUUUAUUCCACAAUAGGAGGUAUGAAAGCGGUGCUGAUGACUGAUGUUUUUCAGUCACUACUGAUGUUUGCAGCUGUUUUCAGUAUUAUAAUAUGCGCUUGGGUCGACAAGGGAAGUCUCAGCGAAAUUUGGAGAAUUGCAGCAGAAGGAAAUAGAACUGAUUUGUGGAAUUUUGAUCCUGACCCAACUGUUCGUCACUCUUGGUUCACCUUAAUAAUCGGUGGCGGUAUAACCUUUCUUUCUCUGUAUGCUGUCAAUCAAACACAAGUCCAAAGGUAUCUGACAAUAAAGGACCUGAAAAGAGCUCAAAAAGCCUGUUGGUGGAACUGGCCAAUCCUGACAGCUCUAAGUUUGAGUACCUCUUUCUCUGGACUGGCCAUAUACUCCAAAUAUUACAACUGUGAUCCCAAAGAUUCAAAGUACAUCAACAGUGCUGACCAGUUGAUGCCUUAUUACGUUGUGGAUACUAUGGGGCAUAUCCCUGGUUUAUCGGGGCUCUUUGUGGCAGGUAUUUUCAGCGCCUCGCUCUCAACCGUAUCAGCGGCGUUGAACAGUCUGGCUGCAAUAACAAUCGAGGACUAUAUCAAGCCCCUGUACAAUCAUGUGCUUAAGAAACCCCUUUCUGAAAAGAGGGCUGGAAUGCAGACAAAAUUCAUUUCCUUAAUUUACGGAGUGGUGUGUAUAGCAGUUGCCUUUCUAGCUCAAAUGCUGGGAGGAGUUCUACAAGCUGCCCUCACUAUAUUUGGGGUCGUAGGGGGUCCACUGCUGGGGCUAUUUUCCCUAGGAAUGUUUACUACCAUCGCGAAUGAAGAGGGAUCCGUUACUGGCUUGGCUGCUGGAGUCGCAUUUGCGCUCUGGAUGGCUUUCGGCGAUAAACCACCUCUCAAGAUGCUUCCCACAUCUACAGAGGGUUGUCUCAAUUAUAAAAAUACAACUAGCUCGAUCAGUGCUGCACCCAUGUUGGGGAAAGCUGAUAGCGAGUACUUUUGGCUAUACAGGGUUUCUUACUUAUACAACGGAGUAUUCGGACUCUUGGUCACCAUAGUGAUCGGGCUGCUGGCCAGUUACAUUGUUCAUAGAUUUGUCAGAGAAAACCCGAAGACUUACGAUCCGAAUCUCUUCAUUCCACCUUUGGCAAACAAGAUGAAGCGAGAACAGAACGCUUCCGCAAAUCUUGAAGCUUUUGCUCACAUUUCUACAUCUAGCGAUAAUCUCAGAAACGGAUUGAAGACUGAACGUAGUUUCGGUCGGAUUUUAUUCACUACGAUGGAAGAUGUAAUUAAGUGGAAGAGUUUACUUACAAAACCGAAACUGCUGAUAAAUAUUUCAGUGAUGAUAAUUCUGUUCAAUUCUGUAGCGGCUGCGAGGUCUGAGAAAAACUUAGAGAAAGAUAUGUGCAGUGAAGAAAAUUUCGAGAAAAACUUUUUCUCUUGGGCAGAUUAUUUAAUCCUUGGAGCGAUGCUUGUGAUUUCCUGCGGUAUAGGAGUUUUCUAUGGAGUUUUCAAUACGCACGAAAAUAGCGAAGACUUUUUAUUGGGUGGCACCACAAUGGGAACUUUUCCAAUGGCUAUUUCGUUAGCAGCAAGUUUUGUCACUGCUGUGGAGCUUCUCGGUAACCCCGCAGAAAUGUACUCUCACGGAUCCCAAUUCUGGAUGAUCUGCGUAGCUUUCAUACUGGUAGUACCUCUCACUUCAAAACUGUACCUGCCGGUCUACAUGAAUCUGAGACUUACCAGCACUUACGAAUACUUGUCUCUGAGAUUCAGCUCCAAAACUAGAUAUUUGGCCAGCGUGUUGUAUGUCUUUCAGAUGGUGCUUUACACCAGUGUGGCUGUUUACGCUCCAGCAUUGGCUCUAAGCAAAGUGACUGGAAUUAACGUAUAUUUGGCAGUUACAAUCGUCUAUGCUGUAUGUAUAUUCUAUGCAUCCCAAGGAGGAAUGAAAGCAAUAAUCAUAACAGAUACAUUCCAAACGGUUAUUCUGGUGGGGUCCCUAGUUCUCAUUUUAGUUCUAGCAAAUGAAUUAGUAGGAGGAACAGAAUUUGUUUGGUCCCACAACUAUAAAACCAACCGGCUAGAAAUUUUCAAUUUUGAUCCGAAUGUGACCGUGAGGCACAGUUUUUGGUCAGUGGUCGUAGGAGGAACCUUCUAUUGGCUCACCAUGUUCUGUUCAAAUCAGGCGACGAUCCAAAAAUAUCUUUCUGUAGAACACAUUAGUCAAGUAAGGAGUGCGAUUUGGAUUUCCUCCUUUGGGCUCAUUAUGAUUUACUCCAUCAAUUUCUACACAGGAAUGAUACUGGUGGCUCAUUUCAAGGACUGCGAUCCUUUGCAAAUUGGGGAAAUCACAGCUGCUGACGAAAUCCUUCCCUACUAUGUCAUCAACAUACUGGGUCGCUUGAAAGGAGUAACAGGGUUUUUCGUUGCAGGAAUUUUUGCAGCAAGUUUGGGAACUGUUGCGUCAGCUUUGAACAGUUUAGCAGCGAUAACAAUGGAAGACUUUAUGGAAUCUGCUUUUGGAAUUAGAAUUCCUAAAAGCAGGGGUGCAAUAGUUGCUAAAGUAUUAACAAUUGCUUAUGGAGCUGGUAGCUUUGGAUUGGUGUUUUUGGUAGCUAAUAGUGGAAGUGUGAUGCAAGUGGCGAUUAGUUUCAAUGGAAUGGUUGGAGGAGUUACAUUAGGUCUUUUUUCGCUUGGGAUGUUCGUUCCAUGGGCAAAUUCCAAGGGAGCGAUAUGUGGAAGUGUGAUAGCUGCAGGUCUUAUCACCUUGAUGUGUGUGGGCCAACAAAUUGCUAUAGCAAGUGGUAAUCUUGAAGAGCCUGUGAAAACUACCAGCACUGAGAACUGUGCCGGUAUGAAUCUAACUGUGGUGGUAGAAAAAAGGGCGGUACACAAUACGCAUGUUUUCGUUCUGUACCGAGUUUCCUACAUCUGGUACUCUGCCAUCGGUUGCUUGACCACAAUCGCAUUGGGAGUGAUCAUUUCAUUCGCUACGGGCCCUACAAAAAUGGAAGAUCUUGAUGACGAACUCUUAUCACCCCCAAUAAAAAACCUUCUCUACUCCCUACCGAGCAGAAUGAGAAAGUUCAUGAAUAUUCCUUCUAAACCGAGUUAUAGCAAUGAACGUCCGGAGAAAGGAAAAGUAUUCAUCGACUUGGAUUCCAGAUCUUUGCAAGAUUAUGUGUCACAGACGAGCGACUUGGGAAAAAAAUUCAGGAGGCCAUCAUCAGAGUUGAGCUAAUUUAAAAUUCAUUACCCAUCACUUAGGCUUAGGUAUUUAUUUCUUAUUUAAGUUAACUGUAAAAAUAAAAUGA